GAACGCGGUGAAUGAGCAAACGGCUGCAGUAUGUACGAACUCUCGAGCGCUGAACGCACGCUCCUCGGGGACUCAAACUUAUCACGCGGUAUAGGAAUAAAAAACAUCUUUACAAACUUUAGAUAAAGCUCUAUAUUGUUAAUUUUUCAGCCGCAUUACACGGGUUGAAAUGAUCCUUAAAGUUCAAUGGGCAAAUACAAUCAUGUGUGGAAACCAAAAGCACUCACGAGGGUCUCUGUAUCUCGUUAUUAUUAUUUUAUUAGGACUAGAUUCGAAACUUGCAGGUGAAGCAUUUCAGCCAGAAUUCGUUGAACCGAUAGGAAACCUAACUGUGCCUAUUGGUCGGGACGCCACGUUCCGAUGUUUAGUGCAAAACUUGGGCGGCUAUAGAGUAGGGUGGGUAAAAGCAGAUACAAAGGCAAUACAGGCGAUACACGUCCACGUAAUCACAAAUAACCAUAGGGUGGGUGUGUCACAUAAUGGUCAGACUGUAUGGAAUCUGCACAUUAGAAAUGUCCAGGAGGACGACCGCGGCAAAUAUAUGUGCCAAAUCAAUACCGACCCUAUGAAAAGCCAGAUGGGAUUCCUUGAUGUAGUAGUCCCGCCUGAUUUCAUAGCAGAAGAAACUUCAAGUGAUGUCAUGGUACCUGAAGGUGGGACAGCCAAGUUGUCAUGUCGAGCUCGAGGUCAGCCCCGACCUCGUAUAAUGUGGAGGAGAGAGGAUGGCUCUGAUAUUGUUAUUCGGUUUUCAAAUGGCAGCAAAAGCAAAAUAUCUGUAUAUGAAGAUGAAAUCCUUACUCUGAAUAAAAUAUCUCGGUCCGACAUGGGAGCCUACCUCUGUAUUGCAAGCAAUGGAGUCCCGCCGUCUGUAAGCAAGAGGAUGGUUGUUAAAGUGCACUUCCACCCAGUCAUUCAAGUCCCGAACCAGCUGGUAGGAGCUCCUCUCGGCACCGAUGUCACUCUGGAGUGCUACGUCGAAUCGUCGCCUAGAUCCAUUAAUUACUGGGUUCGAGAUUCAAAUGAUAUGGUGAUAUCAUCCAGCAAGUACGAAGUAACGACUACAGUACUAAGUUCUUUUGAGAGCCGAAUGACAAUGUUGGUACGAGCCAUCACGGAUGAUGAUUUAGGAGGGUACAAAUGCAUAGCAAAGAACUCCCUGGGUGAAGUCGAUGGAACCAUACGACUUUAUGGAAUAACAAGAAAUGUUAUAAACAACUCUAGUCCAUCGAACAAGGGCGACGACAUUUCAACCCCAAUGGAAGGACCUGACAAUCAAUUUGGGUCAGCUGAACAACCUGAUGAUGAAGACGAAGCCGCAACUGAUAUGUUUGAAAAUAUAACCCAAAAUCAUAAUAGAUCAUUAUACGAGUCAACACCUAAUUCUAUACAGCUUAAUGUAAGCAAUAAAGUUAAAAAGAUAAUGAGUAACUCAGAAACGAGUGUUAAUCAAAGUUCUAUUUUAAAGAUUAAGUCUUCUCUACAACUAUUUGUUACUUUAGUAUAUUACAUUUUAAGGUAUUAAAAUACGAACAAGACUAUUAUUUGUAUUUAAAAAUAAUAUAAAUAAAAAUGAUUCACCAUUUUCUAUACCAACUUUACUUCAUCUGUAGGAACCACAGAUUGACAAAUUUUCCGAUUUUGGUAGACAAGACUUAUUCUCAAAUACGAUUUUUCAUUAAGUUUUUAACUAAACUUGGGUUUACUAUGGGUUAAUUAUGUUGUUGCUUAGUUAGUUCUAUGGCAAAUGGGUGAGUUAUGUUGUUGCUUUUAUUAGAUAUUCAAUUAUGUUGUCAGUAAAGUAUCGAAAUUGUACACCAAUUUCGGAAACAGUUUCGGAAAAAAUCCGCGAGUUACUUGUUGGAAAGGUCCCAUAGAUUUCCAAAAUCGGUUAUAUUCUCGUAAUUCUGAAUUCACAAGCUCCAAGUAAAUAAAUCUAAAUACGGAUGUGAUAUUAAAAAUAUGUAGCAUUAAACAUAUAAUAAUUAUAUUGUACAUAAAACCAUAUAGACAUUAAGUGUUAUCAUAAAUACUGCAUAUAUUCUAAAAUUAUUUAAAAAGGAGAAUUGUAAAUUGCUUGAUGAUAUAAAGUGGUGUAUUGUGCUGUAAAUUAUAUAGUUUGUAUAUAUUUGUGGUAAUACAGUAUUUAGUGAAAAUAAUAUUAUUUGGUUUUAAUGUUGAAACUAAAAUUAUUAUUGAAUUUUAGAAAUAAAUUCUUAUUCAGAUACUUCAAUAUGAACGUCUUAA